GGCUCGCUCGCUUUCCUUCCCUUCGCGCCCCUGUAGCAACUAGCCCCGCGACCCCUGGAGUCACCCCUGACCCGCGCCCCCAGCCUCCCGCUUCUAAAGAGCCCCGGCGGAACGCUUCCCAGCCACUGCUGCUCCUCGGCGCUUCAGAAAGUUUCUCGCCGACAACUUUCUCUUUUGACUUGGGGCGCGAAAGUUUCCUGGUGAAGAGCAAAAUGAUGCUUCAGCACCCAGGCCAGGUCUCUGCCUCGGAAGUCAGUGCCUCUGCCAUCGUCCCCUGCCUGUCCCCUCCUGGGUCACUGGUGUUUGAGGAUUUUGCUAACCUGACACCCUUUGUCAAGGAAGAGCUGAGGUUCGCCAUCCAGAACAAGCACCUCUGCCACCGGAUGUCCUCUGCGCUGGAGUCGGUCACUGUCAACACCAAACCCCUCGAGAUGUCGAUCACGAAAGCCCAGGUAACCCCAGAAGAAGAUGAAAGGAAAAAGAGGCGGCGGGAAAGAAAUAAGAUCGCAGCCGCCAAGUGCCGAAACAAGAAGAAGGAGAAGACAGAGUGUCUGCAGAAAGAGUCGGAGAAACUGGAGAGUGUGAAUGCCGAGCUGAAGGCCCAAAUCGAGGAGCUCAAGAACGAGAAGCAGCAUUUGAUAUACAUGCUCAACCUUCAUCGACCCACAUGUAUUGUCCGGGCUCAGAACGGGCGGACUCCAGAAGAUGAGAGAAACCUUUUUAUCCAACAGAUAAAAGAAGGAACACUGCAGAGCUAAGCAGCUGUAGUUAUGGGGGCAAGUGGGGACUCCUCGUCGAAUCCUCCUUCUACAUCCAAACCCUUGCAGCCAUUGGAGAUCUGACUUCCUGUGCACCUCUUGAAUCCCAGUCGCAAAGCACCGGGGAGGCAGGAGGGCUCCGUGACUUGGCGGGGCCUCUCCACUCUGCCCCCGAGCGGACUUCGGACCAGAGCAAGGGCAAUUUUUGCCUCAACUCCAGGAUUUAGGCCUUAACAUACCAGCCAUUCUUGGGUUCUCCAGAUGGCCCCUGGUUAGGGUCCUACCCACCUUUCGUCUGGAUUCUACAAAAACCAGAAUUCCCACCAUUAGGGUUCCCGCAGAAGAAGUGUCUGUACCUUGGGUGGGUGGGGUGGGGUGGGGCCACCUCCUCCGUUGCCACUGCCACCGUCACUUGUAGGGGACAUGGAGUGAGAAUGGCAUUUAGCAAAGUUGGACAAUGGCCAGGGUUGUGCUUCUAGCAAAUAUGCUGUCAUGUACAGGAACCGUUGUGUGCAAGGCAUUUGUCGCAUUACUAGGCACUGUGCGCUCCCGAUGUCUGUUCCGAUGACACCGGUGUGAUUUUUUCAUUACUUUCCUCAGGUCUGGUUUCUGAGGGUUCGAGGGGCUAUCACCAUGUGCAGUGUUUCACAAAAUGUCCAGGUGGCCGGAAGAGCGUGUCAGCCCCGGGAGAACAGGGUUCUGCUAGCCAGCAGUGCCGUUCUGUGCCAGCCAAGGCGGCCUCCUGUCCCUGGGCACCCAGGCUGUAACGCAAAAUUCGUGGGCAUGGCUGCGGCAGGUCCUCUGUCACUAGGUGAAAGCAGGAAGUCCACGUGCCAGAGGGUUAGGACGCUCUGCUCAGUGACUUAGGUCAGGACUCAUUUCCAGGCUGUGAGAGCCAAAGAGUAUUCCCUUUUCCUUUUCCUGCAGUUGGAAACCACGUGCAGUGGAGGCACAUUUGAAGCCAGGUGAUGCCUGGGCGUUAGCAUUACUGGAUGUUGAUGGCGUCGUGUUUGUCACGCGGAUGUUUGUAGAAAUCUGGCCCAGAGCUUGACACAGCUGUGAGAGGUCGCUCACACUGGCCACAAGGACUCUGGUCUGUUUCAAUUCUGAUGUUUCCGUGAAAUCCUCAGAGUGUUCAAUGCUACACAAUAGUAUCAAUGCAAUUUUCUGUAAGAGAAAAUGUUACUUAUUUAUCCUAGUAUUCCUAACUUGUCAAUAUAAUAAAUAUUGAAACCAAGAUGCAGUAAA